AUGACUUUUUUAUUUUUCUUCAUUAAAUUCCUACGUUUUUUCUUGUUUUCAUUUUUUUCCCAUUUUCUUUAUUUCAUUUUUUCCCAUUUUCUUUAUUUCCUUUUUCACAUUUUUUUAUUUCAUUUUUUCCCAUUUUCAUUAUUUCAUUUUUUCCCAUUUUCUUUAUUACAUUUUUUCACAUUUCCUUUAUAUCAUUUUUCCCAUUUUCUUUAUUUCAUUUUUUACCAUUUUCUUUAUUACGUUUUUUCACAUUUUCUUUAUUUCAUUUUUUCCCAUUUUUUUUAUUUCAUUUUUUACCAUUUUCUUUAUUACAUUUUUUCCCAUUUUCUUUAUUUCAUUUUUUCACAUUUUCUUUAUUACAUUUUUUCACAUUUUCUUUAUUACAUUUUUUCACAUUUUCUUUAUUUCAUUUUUUCACAUUUUCUUUAUUACAUUUUUCCCAUUUUCUAUAUUUCAUUUAUUCACAUUUUCUUUACUUCAUUUUUUCACAUAUUCUUUAUUUCAUUUUUUUACAUUUUCUUUAUUUCAUUUUUUCACAUUUUCUUUAUUUCAUUUUAUCCCAUUUUCUUUAUUUCAUUUUUCCCAUUUUCUUUAUUUCAUUUUUUCCCAUUUUCUUUAUUACGUUUUUUCCCAUUUUCUUUGUUUCAUUUUUUCACAUUUUCUUUAUUUCAUUUUUUUCCCAUUUUCUUUAUUUCAUUUUUUCACAUUUUCUUUAUUACAUUUUUUCACAUUUUGUUUAUUUCCUUUUUUCCCAUUUUCUUUAUUUCAUUUUUUCACAUUUUCUUUAUUACAUUUUUUCACAUUUUCUUUAUUUCAUUUUUUCCCAUUUUCUUUCUUUCAUUUUUCACAUUUUGUUUAUUUCAUUUUUUCCCAUUUUCUUUAUAUCAUUUUUUCACAUUUUGUUUAUUUCAUUUUCCCAUUUUCUUUAUUUCAUUUUUUCACAUUUUGUUUAUUACAUUUUUUCCCAUUUUCUUUAUUUCAUUUUUUCACAUUUUCUUUCUUUCAUUUUUUCACAUUUUCUUUCUAUCAUUUUUUCACAUUUUCUUUAUUACAUUUUUUCAUAUUUUGUUUAUUUCAUUUUUUCCCAUUUUCUUUAUUUCAUUUUUUCGCAUUUUCUUUAUUACAUUUUUCACAUUUUCUUUAUUUCAUUUUUUCACAUUUUCUUUCUUUCAUUUUUUCACAUUUUCUUUAUAUCAUUUUUUCACAUUUUGUUUAUUUCAUUUUUCCCAUUUUCUUUAUUUCAUUUUUUCCCAUUUUCUUUAUUUCAUUUUUUCCAUUUUCUUUUUUACAUUUUUUUCACAUUUUCUUUAUUACAUAUUUCACAUUUUCUUUAUCACAUUUUUCCCAUUUUCUUUAUUUCAUUUUUUCACAUUUUCUUUAUUACAUUUUUUCACAUUUUGUUUAUUUCAUUUUUUCCCAUUUUCUUUAUUUCAUUUUUCCCAUUUUCUUUAUUUCAUUUUUCCCAUUUUCUUUAUUUCAUUUUUUUCCAUUUUCUUUAUUUCAUUUUUCCCAUUUUCUUUAUUUCUUUUUUUCACAUUUUCUUUAUUACAUUUUUUCCCAUUUUCUUUAUUUCAUUUUUUCACAUUUUCUUUAUUACAUUUUUUCCCAUUUUCUUUAUUACAUUUUUUCAAAUUUUCUUUAUUUCUUUUUUCCACAUUUUCGUUAUUUCAUUUUUUAUUUUUCACAUUUUCUUCGUUUUAUUUCACUUUUCCUUCUUUUAUUUUUAAUAUCUUUCCAUUUAUUUUCUUUUAUUUUUCUUCUUUUAUUUCUCUUGAUUUUUCAUGUUUUUCAUUUCCUUUUCUUUUUACGUUUGUUUUUCUUUUCUUUAUAUAUAUAAUUUCUUUUUUACAUUGUUUUUAUCUUUUCUUUCUUUCUCCUUUCUUUCUUUCUUUCUUUCUCCUUUCUUUUAUUCUUUUUUCUUUCUUUCUCCUUUCUUUCUUUCUUUCUCCUUUCUUUUAUUCUUUUUUCUUUCUUUCUCCUUUCUUACUUUCUUUCUUUUUCCUUUCUUUCUUUCUUUUUUACUCUCUUCAGUACAUUUAG